CGGGGCCCGCCGUGUCGCGUAGCAGCGGGGACGCGGAGGCGGUGCCAUGGCGGAUGCGGCGGCGGAGGAGCAGGCCCGGGACUGGGAUGAGGCCGCGGCCGGCGCUGAGGAGACCGUGAAGAUCAUCUGCCUGGGCGACAGCGCCGUGGGCAAGUCCAAGCUACUGGAGAGGUUCCUGCUCGACGGCUUCCGCCCCCAGCAGCUCUCCACCUUCGCCCUGACGCUCUACAAGCACCGUGCUCAGGUGGAUGGGCAGGCGGUCCUCGUGGACUUCUGGGACACAGCUGGACAGGAGAGGUUCCAGAGCAUGCAUGCAUCCUAUUACCACAAGGCUCAUGCUUGUAUCAUGGUGUUUGAUGUGCAGCGGAAAGUCACCUACAAGAACUUGAACAGCUGGUACAAGGAGCUGAGAGAAUUCCGCCCAGAGAUUCCUUGCAUUGUGGUGGCCAACAAAAUUGAUGCGGAUAUGAAGGUGACCCAGAAAAGCUUCAACUUUGCCCGGAAGUUCAGUUUGCCCUUUUACUUUGUGUCUGCUGCAGAUGGCACCAAUGUAGUGAAGAAACCCAGUGCCCCUUUGAGUGAAAAGCAUUCUCCUUCUCAUCAGCUCUUCAAUGAUGCUAUCAAACUGGCGGUUACUUACAAACAGAAUUCAGGAGAUUUCAUGGAUGAGGUCAUGCGAGAACUGGAGGUUGGAAGGGGUGAGGUGGUGACCCUCUGAAGAGCCCAGAUCUGAAAGAACCUUAGACCAAAUCUGAAAGAACCACAGCAGAGUGUAGCUGUUGUUCUCAUGCUUCUCAGCAGUUCCUUGUCCUGCUCCUUUCCAGAGUUUUGACCUGCAGAAGAAGAGUGAGAAUUUGUCGGAUAAAGAGAGCUGCCCUGAAGAGAAGCCCCCAUCUGCCUAAGCCCGGGACCCUGAGUCUGUUUCUCCCUUUGCUCUACAUUUCUGGGGCUAGUUAGAGCUGGCCUUCAGAGAAGAAAACGAUUUUUCUCGUGCCCUGAGAGCUCUGGUGAUGGGCAGCUGGGCCUCUCCCCUUCUUGUGGGACACUAUCUGGGCAUGACCUUCCUUGACUUGACCCUAACAACUGCACAUCACAGUCAAGGGAAGGGUGAGAGCAUCCACAUGGUUGCCAGUUACUGUAUGCUGCUUCAAGGCGAAGCUUGCCAGGAGAGCUAAGCUACUCUUGGACUUUCAGGGAAGGGUCCUGCCCAGAUGCUUUGAUGGAAUGUACUGGAGAAAACAAAUACUAAACAAUUUUUUUUAUACA